UCAAAGUCAAGCAAGCGUAGAUUAAAUAGGCUGAGAAGUCGAGAGAGGAGCAAAGACGCUUGCGAAGAUGGCGGAAGAAACAUUGGCUGCUCUGAGGUCUCUGAUGGCCUCUCACUCCCCACCACUGGAUGCUCUGGUAGUUCCUUCCGAGGAUUAUCACCAGAGCGAGUAUGUAUCUGCGAGGGACAAACGGCGGGAGUUUGUAUCUGGAUUCAGCGGCAGUGCUGGUUUGGCACUUAUUACUUCGAAUGAGGCGUUGCUUUGGACAGACGGGCGCUACUUUUUGCAGGCAGAACAGCAGCUUAGUAGCCAGUGGAAGCUCAUGCGUAUGGGAGAAGAUCCAACAGUUGAUAUCUGGAUGGCUGACAAUCUGUCGAGUGAGGCUGCAAUCGGAGUUGAUCCUUGGUGCAUUUCAGUUGACACUGCGAAUAAAUGGGAGCAGGCUUUUGCUAAAAAACAACAAAAGUUGAUACAAACGACUACAAACUUGGUAGAUGAAGUUUGGACCAGUAGACCACCACCUGAAACAAAUCCGGUUAUUGUUCAUCCGCUUGAAUUUGCUGGUCGCUCUGUUGAAGAUAAACUGAAAGAUCUAAGGGAAAAGCUUAAUCAAGAAAAAGCUCGUGCAAUCAUAGUUACUACCUUAGAUGAGGUUGCAUGGCUAUAUAACGUUCGUGGGUCAGAUGUUUCUUAUAACCCUGUUGUUCAUGCAUAUGCUAUAGUUACCUCAGAUUCGGCUUUCUUUUACGUGGAUAAGAAAAAGAUGUCCUCCGAGGCAAGCACCUACAUGGAGAAAAAUGGAAUUGAAGUGCGAGACUACAGUGCAGUAAACUCGGAUGCGGCAUUACUGGCAACUGACCAGCUUGCUUCUACCUAUUCGAAAACAGACAGCAUUAGUACUGGUCCUGUUGGCGAUAAUCCUAGACAAGAAGAUAGCACCAACAACCUCGUAUGGAUUGAUCCUGCAACAUGCUGCUUUGCUUUGUAUACGAAACUGAAUCUGGAUAAAGUUCUGCAGCAGUCAUCACCUUUGGCCCUAGCCAAAGCCUUAAAGAAUCCUAUUGAGAUGGAGGGGCUGAAGAAUGCACACAUUCGGGAUGGAGCAGCUGUGGUUCAAUAUCUUGUUUGGCUGGACAAGCAGAUGCAAGAAAUAUAUGGGGCUCCGGGUUACUUUGUGGAUGGGGAGGUCAACAAGAAGGACCAACUAAGAUCGACAAAACUUACUGAAUUGUCUGUAAGCGAUAAGCUUGAGGAGUUCCGUGCAUCUAAAGAGCAUUUUAGGGGGUUGAGUUUUCCUACCAUCUCUUCAGUUGGUCCAAAUGGUGCCAUAAUCCAUUAUUCUCCAGAGCCUGAAACAUGUGCUGAACUUGAUCCAAAUAGUAUGUACCUAUUUGAUUCAGGAGCCCAGUAUCUCGAUGGAACGACUGACAUUACCCGGACUGUACAUUUCGGAAAGCCUUCUUCACACGAGAAAGAAAGUUAUACUGCGGUGCUCAAGGGACACAUUGGCUUGGGAAAUGCUCGAUUUCCAAAUGGAACUACUGGUCAUGUUCUUGAUAUUCUUGCACGAUUACCUCUGUGGAAGGAUGGUCUUGACUAUAGGCAUGGUACAGGCCAUGGCAUAGGGUCUUAUCUAAACGUUCAUGAAGGGCCUCAUCAAAUCAGUUUCAGGCCAGCAGCUCGGAAUGUUCCGUUACAACCAUCAAUGACUGUUACAGAUGAACCUGGAUACUAUGAGGAUGGAAAUUUUGGUAUAAGAUUGGAGAAUGUGCUUAUUGUAAAAGAAGCUGACACAAGGUUCAAUUUUGGUGACCGGGGCUACUUAUCCUUUGAGCAUAUAACAUGGGCACCAUAUCAGAGAAAAUUGAUAGAUGUGAGCCUCCUAGUGCCCGAGGAGAUCGACUGGUUGAACAACUACCACUCCAAAUGCAGGGAAAUUCUCGGUUCUUAUCUGAACUCUUCAGAGAAGGAAUGGCUGAAGAAGGCUACCGAACCCAUUGGCACUUGAGUCAACCUUUACUAUGGUCCCUGCACAUCUAUAUUUCUAGCUUCAACAUGGUACCCCCCUUGCUGCCCUUUCCCCAUAUUUAUCUCAACAUUUAAACCUCUAAUAAUCCAAAAAUCUGUCUGAUUCACUUUAACAUUACACACUCUUAUGAAUAAUUCUACAAAUAAGUAUAAAUUAUAUAUUUAUUAUCCCUCACUCGUACACGCCCUAUUGGGCAUGUGCGCAGUGAUGCUUGUGACAAUAUUGCUUAUGUUAAUGCAGAACUCAACUAUUUAUUGAUUCA